GACGUAACUACCGUAAAACAAUAUGGCGUCUUUAGCAGGAAACAUCACUGUAGAUGAGUACAGACGGAUAGACCGCUGCCUCUUUUGAGGCGCAGGUGUUGUCCGACGGUCACUGUUGACUACAAAAACCAAACAUAGGAGCCUUCUAUUUGUGUUCAACUGGAGCUUCCUAUUUGAGCCGAGAGCCGAGUUUGUGACAGCGGUCAAGGAUGGACUGUAGAGAGUACAUGUCGCCGCUGGAGAGCGUGGACCCGACUUUAGCGGAGUUGGGAAAUGAAUUAACACUGGGGGACAUCGAUGAGUUGCUGCAGCUUGUCAACCCGGUGGGGGACUUCCCUGAGCUGUUUGAGGAACAGAUAAACACUGCAGUAUCUCUUAGCACAAUCCCUCGACCAGCAACUCAAAACCCUGGAUCUACCCAAGCAUCAACCCCUGCUGCCUACCAAAGCCCCGCUCUUGCCCUCUCUUCCCCUCAGACGUUGUCGCCCAGGUCUGGGUCCAUUCCCCCUUCUCUCUCUCCUGCACAGACCCCUUCCACGACCACAGCCUCUGCAGUGCAGCAGCAAGUGACACGCAGCCCCCCGCCCCUUCAGCCACGGCCUCAGGUGGUUCAACCCAUCCAGCCCCAUCUGAUGGCCCAGCCCACCAUUCAGAUGCAGACUCAGCGAUUUCCAGUUCAAACUUUGCUUCCAACACCAAUCCAGACGCCAGCGCCCCAGACUGUGAUGAUUGCCUCCAGCGGUGGACAGUCCCAUUUUAUCCAAAACCCAGUCAUCUGCCACCCAAACCCUACGUCUGCUUUUCCAGUCCUUCAACCACAGGUGCAAGGCAUCAUGACAUCAUCCCAACUUCAACCAGUGACGAUCCAGCAGCGUCUUCUGACAACCGGUCAGACCAUUCAGACUCUGUCUACAGCACCCACUACAGUCCAUGCUAUGCCACAGCAGGUGCAACAGGUUUUGGUUCAGCAGCCUCAAAUUCUGAAGACAGAUUCCCUGGUUCUAUCUACCAUGCAAAAUCCAGCAGGGCUCACCACACUGACCACGCCCCUCCAAAACACAACACUGCAAGUUCCGACAUUGAUGGGCAGCAAUCUCCUGACUACUGUUCUGGGAGGUGCAGACAAGCUGACAAUUAAACAUCUACAGUCAGGCUCCACCCAUUGCACAAACGGCACAAUAUCAAGCGUUGACCAAAGCCCGAUGACUGGAGGGUUGCUGUGCCAGGGAGGGGUGGUUAAGGAGGGUGAGAGGAGGACCACCCACAACAUCAUAGAAAAGAGGUACCGGUCGUCUAUCAAUGACAAGAUUGUGGAGCUGAGAGACUUGGUCGUCGGAAAUGACGUCAAGAUGCACAAGUCAGGUGUGUUGAGUAAAGCCAUUGACUACAUUAAGCACCUGAAACAAGCCAACCACAAACUGCGACAGGAGAACUUGACUCUUAAAAUAGCAAUCCAGAAGAACAAGCCAGUGACACUGUCUGAGGAUAUGGAGCCGAAAGAGGAAAUUGUAAUGAUGUCUCCUCCGGCCUCUGACUUUGGCUCAGCUUCUCCUCAACAAUUGUCUCCCUAUGAUGUGGACUCUGAGCCCAGCAGCCCCUUAAUUGAUCAUGAGCAGAUGAAGUGUGAGCCAGACUCUCCUUCCUCUGUUGGAGUGAUGGAUGGUUCUCGUCUGCUUCUCUGUGCCCUGACCUUCUUCUGUCUCUCCCUGAACCCACUGCCCUCUCUGUUGGGUUAUGAGACUUCUGAGAGCAUCUCUGGAGGGCAUGGGCCAUCGAGAACUCUUGUCUGGUUCCCAAGUCCCAAACAAGAUUUUGCCUCUUGGCUACGCUGUUUAUUGCCAUGGGUGAUGGUUUGGAUGCUGAGUGGGUUGGGAGCAGUUUGGGGUUGUGUGCGGGUGCUUUACCUCUGGGAACCUGUUACACCCCUUCAUUCCCCAAAAUCUGUGUCAUUCUGGAGACACCGAAAGCAAGCUGAUGUGCACCUUAAGAGAGGACAUUAUGAGGCAGCAUUGACCAGUUUAGAGACCUCCUUAUCUAUCUUGACCAGGGCAUUGCCUUCCACCAAACUGGACCUGAUCUGUUCAUUAUCCUGGAAUGUGAUUCGCUAUUGUUUACAUCGUCCAACCCCUCUCGGCUGGCUGGUUUACCAAAUCAGAGUAAAACACGAGGGGGAUGAGGCAAGGACAAGUGCGAAAGAUGCUGCUCUUGUAUAUCAUCGUCUGAGUCAACUGCAGCUGACAGGAAAGGUGCCUCAGCGUAGCACCUUAUGGGCCCUGUCCCUGUCUCUGAGUGCUGUCAACCUCAGCGAGAGCGCGCAAGGAAAGAUGGCACCCGCUCAACUUACUGAGAUCUAUGUCACUGCAGCCGCUGCCCUUCACACUGUACUGGGUCACCAUUUUACCUGUCUGCCUGGUUACUUACUGAGUUGUGCAGAGAGCAUUGCAAAUCAGUGUGAACCGAAGCACAUUCCUGACUGCCUGCGCUGGCUCGUCACCCCACUGGGCAGGCAGUUCUUUCUGAGCUGCGAUUGGUCAUUGAAGUCAGAGAGCAGUGAUGGCGUGUUUACAUCACAGAGAGACCCAGCUGACCCAACUGCCCAGUUGCACCGCUGUUUCUGCAGAAAGUUGCUCGAAAGAGCCGUUCACACCCUCAUCCAGCCGCAGAGCGAGUCAGAAGUGGGCAAACACAAAACGAGCUCUGGGGAGUUUUGCAGUGCCCUGGAGUUCCUGCACCAGUUGAAUAGAUGUACAGAAGACUCGCCUUCUGCUCCUCCCUUCUCAACUCCUCCCAAUCACACCAUAACACCAGUGAGAGAUCCCUUGAGUCGGUGGUGGGCUUUAGUCUUAAAGGCUGCCAUCUUUUGGCUUCAGGGUGAUGAUGUCACUGUGAGAUCUCUGUUGGUGGAAGCAGAACGAAUGCCAAGGACUCGGCACACUCUUGACCACCCUCUGCCCAAAGCUGUGCAGUUACUCUGCAAGUCCUUUCAGAUGAGUCUGUCCCCUCUUAAGGGAGAAGGAACGUCAGCCUGCCUUUCCCGUUGUGACCAAGCCAGCAGUUACCUGCGCUCCAGCAUCUCUCUGCCUCUUGGCCAGCCGGGCGACUGCCUUAACAAGGCAAUGGAGCUCUUGGUAUGUGACCUUUUACUGACCUUGAGGACCAGUUUAUGGCAGCGAGGCAGCAGCACUAAUGGAGAACCUGGGCCAUCAUCUGCAUCUCAGUUGGUUGGUUUUCAGAGUGACCUCAGUGCACUCAGAAAGCUCACACAGUGCUCCAGACAGGCCCAGCAUAAGGUGUUCCUCCAUGAGACCACAGUGAGGCUCAUGGCAGGAGCCAGUCCGACAAGGACACACCAGCUGCUGGAUCACAACCUGAGACGAAGAACACACGGCUUCCACACUACAGAUGGUGAAAGGGAGCGGGCUCAUGCAAUUCUGCUGGCUUGCCGCCACCUGCCCAUGCCUCUGUUGACCCCACCCGGGCACCGCGCUAGGCUGCUGGCUGAGGCCAAACGCACCCUGGAGCGGGUGGGAGAUCGGCGAUCUCUCCAAGACUGUCAGCAGAUCUUGUUGCGCCUAAGCGGCGGCGCAACUGUCGUUGCAUCGUGAACACGCGCAAACACAAAGGCUAUUGCGGAUUGCACUCAUUCACUUACAGGAUAUAAGUGAUAUGAGGCCGUCAUUUGCACCCAUACAUUUUCCAGCCUGUAUCGACGUCUCAUUUUGCUUGAUGGCUAGCUGCACCACCAAUGCUCAGCUUUAGAACACUCUUCCCACCUUUUUGGCAUCCACAGUACAAUCUUGGCUCACUGACUCAUACUUAGCAUGUUUAACAGAGAAUAUCAGGUGUAAUGGGCUUCCAAAGAAAUAGGGACCUGUUUAUAAAUAGCUGUUCAAAUUUAUGCAAUUGCAGAAGUGCAUUGUUCACCUGUUCAAUUCCAAGCUGCACAAUAAUUCGCACUUUUGUAAUAUCUGAAGUAAAUCAGUUUGCCAGCUUCAUUUCUAAGAUCUGUAAAUGGUGUACACACAAAAGACAGACUGGUUUACCUUCGACUGGAAGUAGUGUCGCUUGUUGUCUACCUCAUACACAGUUACAUUAGUACCCAAACACCGGGUCAAUUACUCUGAAUUGGAAGUGAAUGAAUCUGAAUGUGCAGCUUUCGGUCGUUAUUCCUCCUUAAAAUGUCAAGACUACGCAGGCAGGGUGCUGAUAAUGUUGGCCUUGUUAUUAACUACUUACACAGAAACAUACACACACUUGAAGCCUGAAGUUUACACACACUGCAAAAACACAUUUCAUUUUUUACCUCACUGAAGUCAAAUCAGACUAAACCUCUCCUGUUUCAGGUCAUUCAGAAUUACCAAAAGUAUUUAAUUUUGUUAAUUGCCACAAUAGUGAGAGACUUUCUUAAAUAAUUUUUCAUUAUUUUCUUCAAGGGGAAAAGUUUACAUACACAAACAAAAAAAAUGUCUUGAAAGAACAUGGGGAAGGCAAGAUGAUGAGGUCAAGGUUUUGGAAGCUUCUGAUAGGUUAACUCACAAGAUUUGUGUUAAUUGACGGCACACCUGGGGAUGUAUUUAAGGCCACACACCUUACUUGUCGGAAAUCAUGGGGAAAUCAAACGAAAUCGGAAAGAAUCGUGGAGUGCCAUAAGUCUGCCUCAUCCUUGGGUGCAAUUUCCAAAUGUUCUCAUCAUUGUGGCAUUUAACAAGAUAAAAUAAUUUGGGUGAUCCUGACUGGCCUGAAACAGGAAUGCUUAAGUCUGAUUUGACUUUGGGUAAUCAGACAAAAAAUGAAAAGUGUGUUUUGCAUAGUGUACAUAAACUUCUGGCUUCAACUAUACAUAUUGUAGUACAUAUGUAAAUUAAAUUGAAUAUAAACAGUUUAAUUAUUGGUUGUAAAUGUAAAUAGUCUCAUUUUUAAAAGCUUCUAGGAAAGCCAACAUUACUGACAAUCGCUUUUUGACGAGUUGGUAUCAUGGCUGGACCAGCAGAGCAGUUUGAUCUGUUCUGCCCUAAAUUCCAAAAUCUUUUGCUGUGUCGUUUUAAAAAGUAAUUCCAUUCUAAGGGGAAGAAAACACAAUGGCUAAUCCCCCUUGUUUAGUGCAAAAUGGGGUUUUCUGCAGUAAUGCAGUCGAAAAAAUAUUUCUCAGUAAUGUCAUCUACAUUUGCAAAUGUUUCAGGCAAAACACCCUUGGGUUUCAACAAAAAAUAUUGCAUCAUAUUUCUAAUAGUGUUCGAAAUUGCUAAAAGCAGUUUAUUUGUGCCUAACUCACAAUUUGCUUCUAUCAUUCCCGUUUUUGUGUCUUAUUUAAUGGUUAUGUACUUUAGAUGAAUGAUUUGCUGGAGGGGUUGAAAUAUCAGUCUUUUUGUAUGUAUAUUAUUUGAUUGUGACAAACUUAAAAGAGAACAAGCAUUUUAGGUUGGUGUGGUAGCUUCGAGUUGCUCUUUUUUCUGUGUGCUCUUCAUGGUUUUGUUUUGUUUUUUUUAGUAGCAACUCAAUUAAUGCUUGUAUAAACUUCCAGAAAAUUAUCUUACAGGUCAAACCAAGCAGAUCAUUCUUUCUUCAUUGUGCGCAUAGAACAAAGCAAUACCCAACUAACCACGAUAGACUGGGUUUAUCACUGUUGUCCCCCUGUUAUGAUUGUUACAACAAUUUUUCUUUUGUCCUUUCCCCAUUCAGCGUAGUAUUUUAUAAAUUUUACUCUGUCACUAUUUUUGAUGUUGGUGUUUUUGUAAUAAAACUAAAUGUGUUUGUGUUUGGA